AGCGCGCCAGGGGAGGGGCGCGCGAGGCGCGCAGGGCGCGCGCGGCGGCCGCUGCGGCCUGUUGGCGCGGUCGCCGGCAGCCUCGAGCGAGUCGAGCUAGGCACCGUGGCGGCUGUGGCUGGCGGGGAGCGCGUGGCCGGAUCAAUUCCCGAGUGGCCCGCGACCAUGUCCCUGGGGCAGCGGCUGGCUCUGCUGGCCAUCCGUCUGCAGGAGCCGCAGCGGGUGGCGAGCUUCCAGCGUCUGUGUGGGGUGGAGGUGCCGCUCGGUAGCCCGGCGGCGGGCGAGGAUGCAGAGCCCGAGGUUCGCGGAGCCCCGGGAGAACCCCGGCGACGGGGACGGCAGCCGGGCUCUGAGGACAGCUCCAGCCCCGCCAAGCCCGACUGCUGCGGUGCCCCGAACGGCGUGCGCAACGGGCUGGCGGCCGAGCCGGGCCCGACAGGGCCCCGCCGCGCGGGCUCGCUGCGCCGCAACUCGUUGACCGGCGAGGAGGGCGAGCUGGCCAAAGUGAGCAACUUGCCGCUCUACUACCUGUUCUCCUUCGGCACCGAACUGGGCAACGAGCUCUUCUACAUUUUCUUCUUCCCCUUCUGGAUCUGGAAUCUCGACCCCUUGGUGGGCCGGAGGCUGGUGAUUAUCUGGGUGCUGGUCAUGUACCUGGGCCAGUGCACCAAGGACAUCAUCCGCUGGCCGCGGCCGGCCUCGCCGCCCGUCAUCAAGCUGGAGGUUUUCUACAACUCGGAAUACAGCAUGCCCUCCACGCAUGCCAUGUCCGGCACCGCCAUCCCCAUCGCCAUGAUCCUGCUCACCUAUGGCCGCUGGCAGUAUAUCCUCAUAUAUGGGCUGAUUCUCAUUCCCUGCUGGAGUUCUCUAGUUUGCCUAAGUAGAGUCUACAUGGGAAUGCAUUCCAUCCUGGACGUCAUUGCUGGAUUCCUGUAUACCAUUUUAAUCCUCAUUGUCUUCUACCCAUUGGUGGACCUGAUCGACAACUUCAACCAAACUUACAAAUAUGCCCCGCUCAUCAUCAUCGGGCUUCACUUAAUUUUGGGCAUCUUUUCUUUCACCCUUGACACCUGGAGCACGUCCCGAGGAGACACGGCUGAGAUUCUGGGAAGUGGUGCUGGGAUUGCAUGUGGCUCACACACUGCUUAUAACCUGGGUCUAUCCUUAGACCCUUCUCUGCACACAUUACCCUUAGCUAUCCCUCCUCUUACUGUAACUCUGUUUGGAAAAGCCAUAUUACGGGUGGUCCUAGGAAUGAUACUUGUACUGUUUGUAAGAACUCUCAUGAAGAAGAUCACCAUUCCUCUAGCCUGUAAACUCUUCAGUAUUCCGUGUCAUGACAUUCGCCGAGCACGGCAGCACAUGGAAGUGGAGCUGCCGUACCGGUAUAUAACCUACGGGACGGUUGGUUUCUCCAUCACAUUUUUGGUCCCCUACAUAUUUUCCUUUAUUGGUAUCUCUUGAUGGAGGAACAGUGUUUGUUAUAAGAAAGGAGGCUACCAGCUAUAUCUAAAGCUAUUCUCUAGGUAAAACUUGGAUCAGAGGCUUCUGCAAGAGUUUGACUUAAAGAAGUAAAUUCUGCAGCCAGUGCAUUCUGUCAUUGCACACCAGAUGUUGUUUCAGGUGGGCCGCGCUCUCUCGGUGCUGAGAAAUGGCAUGCCCAUUUAGAAUGUUCACACCAUGUUUGGAGAGUUCUGUGCUGUUACAAAAUUGUAGUUAUAUAUAACAUAUAUUAAGGUACACGGUGUGCAAAUGUGUGUCUAGUAUAUAUUAUAUAUACAAUUAUUUACCUAAGAACAGUGGGGUAUAUUGAAAAACCAGUAACAAUAUGCAGUUGUGCCCAGGUUUUUGGAAUUCAUGCAGGCAUGUUGUUAUUAACAAUAGGCUUAAUGUUUCUUUCCUAUGGGAGCCAUUUUCUAGUUGAAUUGAUGAUUGCCAGACAGAAAUCCAAAUGCUACCACAUACUGAUUUACUGCCUCUUUCUACACUGCCAUCUCCCUUCAUGUUAUCCAUGAUGUUGAACAUGAGAGGCAUUUCUAAUGGACCAAGUUUUUGAGGAAAUUUGCUGUUUUGGAUUUCUUUCUUAAAGUUCUGUAUACUAUGUUGAAUGUACUUUUUUUUUUUU